AAAUUCCUCAAAGAUGGUUUGUCUCACGUGUUGCGGGGUGUAAAAGCAGCUCGCAUUCAAUUAGCAGCGAAGUUCGCGGGCGGGCCUGGAGGGACCCGCGCUGGAGGCCUUUGCAACAGAUGUGGGAAUCGCCCUUGGGCUGUCGUGCGGGCUUGGAGACUUCCAUUCUGGAGAAGAGCUUGCAGCCCGAGGGCAGCGCACGGGGAGUCAGACCGCAGCCGGAUCCGCAAUGGUGCCCCUGCUGCUGAUGUGGCUGGCCUGGACGCUGCUGGGAGUGGCGGGAGCGUGCCCAGAGCCUUGCAGCUGUGUGGACAAGUAUGCGCACCAGUUCGCGGACUGUGCCUACAAGGAGCUAAAAGAGGUGCCGGAAGGAUUGCCGGCCAACGUGACCACGCUCAGUCUGUCGGCCAACAAGAUCACGGUGCUUCGGCGCGGUGCUUUUGCUGACGUUACGCAGGUCACGUCGCUGUGGUUGGCGCACAAUGAGGUGCGCGCGGUGGAGCCUGGCGCUCUGGCCGCGUUGAGUCAGCUCAAAAACCUCGACCUGAGCCACAACCUCAUAUCCAGCUUCCCUUGGAGUGACCUGCGUAACCUGAGCGCACUGCAGCUGCUCAAAAUGAACCACAACCGCUUAAGCUCGCUGCCGCGGGACGCUCUGGGCGCGCUGCCGGAUCUGCGCUCCUUGCGCAUCAACAACAACAGGUUGCGUACAUUGGCUCCCGGGACUUUCGAUGCUCUAAGCGCACUGUCCCAUCUGCAGCUCUAUCACAACCCCUUCCACUGUAGCUGCAGCCUUGUGUGGCUGCAGGCCUGGGCUGCCAGUACUCGGGUCUCGUUACCGGAGCCCGACUCCAUUGCGUGCGCCUCGCCUCCAGAGCUGCAAGGGGUGCCAAUCCACCGCCUGCCGGCCCUGUCCUGCGCACCGCCCACCGUGCGUUUGAGUACUGAGCCAUCGCCGGAGGAGCCAGGCAGCCCCCUGCGUGCAGGUCAGACGCUCGUACUAUACUGCAUGGCAGAAGGACACCCCACGCCCCGCUUGCAAUGGCAACUUCAGAUCCCGGGUGGCACUAUAGUGUUAGAGCCGCCGGUCCUCAGUGAAGAGAGCGACAGGGGUGUGGCUGACGAGGGGGAGGAGGAUGCAGAUGAGGACGGGCCAACACAGACUGAGGCCCCAACUCUGUCUCCAGCACCCGCCUGGCCCGCGCCUCCCGCAUCACCGCGCUUCCUGGCCCUCACAAACGGCUCCUUGUUGGUACCGAUCCUGGGCACCAAGGAGGCAGGCGUUUACACAUGCCGUGCCCACAAUGAGCUAGGCUCCAACUCCACUUCAGUUCGGGUGACAGUGGCGGCUGCCAGUCCCCCGAAGCACUCUCCUGGCUCUGGGGGAAAACCCGAUGGACAGACCCCUUCCUCUGAGCGCAAGUUCACCAAAGGCAGGGGGAACAGCGUUUUACCCUCCAAGACCGAGAGCAAAAUCAAAGGCCAAGGGCUGCCCCGUGUCAGCGUCCUCGAGGAGACCGAGGUGGAGCCAGAGGAGCAGCAUGGUGAAGGAAUUGAGGAAGACCCCCCUGCGGACGUGGAGGUGGAGCAGCGCUGCGGCCACGGGGAUCCCUCGCGGUACGUGUCCAACCACGCCUUCAACCAGAGUGCGGAGCUCAAGCCUCACGUCUUUGAGUUGGGUGUCAUUGCGCUGGACGUGGCGGAGCGCGAGGCGCGGGUACAACUAAUGCCGCUAGCUGCCCGCUGGGGCUCUGUACCCGGCAGCGGCGGAGAAGCCGGGCGUCCGGGGCGGCGUCCCGUGCGCCUGCUGUAUCUGUGCCCCGCGGGGGGCGGCGCAGCCGUGCAGUGGUCACGCGUGGAGGAGGGCGUCAACGCAUACUGGUUCCGCGGUCUGCAGCCUGGCACCAACUACUCCGUGUGUCUGGCGCUGGCUGGCGAGGGCUGCCACGUGCAAGUGGUGUUCGCCACUAAGAAGGAGUUGCCGUCUCUGCUGGUCAUCGUGGCGGUGAGCGUUUUUCUCUUGGUGCUGGCCACCGUGCCCCUGUUGGGCGCUGCCUGCUGCCAUCUGCUGGCCAAGCACCCGGGCAAGCCCUACCGUCUAAUCCUGCGGCCUCAGGCCCCCGACCCCAUGGAGAAGCGCAUGGCCGCAGACUUCGACCCACGUGCCUCCUACCUCGAGUCGGAGAAAAGCUACCGGGUGGGCGGUGAGACAGGCGAGGAGCCAGAGGAGCCCCCCGGGGAGGGCCUUGAUGAAGACGUGGAGCAGGGGGACCCAGGUGGGGACCUGCAGAGGGAGGAGAGCCUGGCAGCCUGCUCUCUGGUAGAGUCCCAGUCCAAGGCCAACCAGGAGGAGUUCGAGGCCGGCUCCGAAUACAGCGAUCGGCUGCCUCUGGGGGCCGAAGCGGUCAACCUCGCCCAGGAGAUUAAUGGCAACUACAGGCAGACAGCCGGCUGAGCCCUCUUUCCACCGGGUCGGCCCUCCCACCCCAGGUUUUGGGUCCCUGGGAGCUGAAGCCUAGGGCUGGCAAGGUUUAGGACGCCCCUCCCACUCCCGCUUCUUCCCUCAUACCACCCCAGCUGAGCACUGGACGCUGCUAGUGCGAAGUGGGCCGAUUUUACCAGUUCUCCAGCUGCUCGCCACUCUUUGUCCUUGUGAAUUGAAGUUCCCUCCCUGUAAAGCACCGUUCUUUGCUCCUCCCUCCCUAUAGAUAGGUCAGGCGAAACCCACGAUCUCCACUCCCCUCACAAUGGUUAUCUGCAAAAUUCACCCCACAGCCCAAUGCACUGGCCCAGGAACCAGAGGAAAUGCGAGAAGAUGCUAGAAACAUGGUAACUGUGGCUCCAGGGUCAGGUUCAGAUCUCUGGCAGAUGUCCCUAGUUUGGAGUGCUGUGGGGGUCCCAUCCUUUUUCGGUUGCACGUUCCAGAAACCAGGAUUCGGUGGCAACUCCCUAGUUUUUAGUUUUAAGGUUCCCUCCCGGCAGGGGACCUAACCUUUUUGUCUCCCUACCACCACUCUGUUCUGACCAGCUGGAGCCUAGCAGUGUGCCUGAGGCUCUUUCGGCUCUGCACUCUGAUUUUCAUAUUUUCGUUGUUUCCAAAGACAGAAACACUCCAGGUCUGGUGCUAACAUUCCCUUUCUGACCUCUGGGAAAAUGGGGUGGGGUGAGAGUUCAGGGGAGAGGGAAUCCGUUUUCUCUCGCCCUCUCUCCUAACUUGAAGCAUGGGGGAACCCCGGGCCCUUUUUAAGCGCAGGUGCGGGCUUGGCCCGAGGCCAAUUUCGUUAUGGGUGAGUUGAGGUUUCCAGAGAUCGGUGCACUCGACCGCUCCGUUUUCACUACUGCUCCUCACGCAGACCCCAGUUCCAGCAGUGCCCUAGGCAUAGGAAGCCAACCGUGCACUCCCGGGCCGGGUCUCUUGGGAGGGUUUGCGCCCUGUUUCGCACAAAGCCUGCGCGCGAGGGUGCUGGCGGGAUCCGCUGGAAGAACAACCCUCGGUGCUCGCGUCUCACCGCCCUGCCUCCUCCUUCUGCCGGAAUAGUAAUUACCGGGUGCGUGAUCCUAGACCGCGCGCUUUGUAGGAGAAAAGUCUGUGUCCUGUAAA